GAGCAGGAAGAUGGCGGCGGCGGCAGCGGCUGCAGCGGCGGCCGAGCGUCCGGCCAGCGCCGUCCCCGACACGUCCCGGCCCGGCCCGGGUCCCGGUCCCGGUCCUGGGCCCGGCCCGGGUCCGGGGGCCAGGACCGGGGCCAGCCCGCCCGACUACCCCGCCAGGAAGGAGCCCAGAGCGGGCAGGAGGGAGCGGGAUCCCCGCAGAGAAUUCUUUGUGUUUCCGGCUCUUCCGAAGUCGGCAGACGUGGUUUCAGGACCGACCGGGAAACACAAGCUGGUUCCUGACGACGAGCUGAAGAGGAGGAACUCCCAGAUCUGCAGAGACGAGUCCGGACCGGUUCUUGGAGAUGAGGAGCUGGGCGUCCGGUCCGACUCGGAGAACGAGGAGCCAAUCAGCAGGAAGAUCAGGAACAUCUCCGCCUUCAUCAGGAAAACCAAGAACUCCUCGUCCCUGAGCAGUGGUUCCCAGCGGAGCCGCAGCUGCACCGACCCGCUGGAGGACCGAGGAGGGAAGAAGAUGGUGGUGCCGCCGGCGGCGCUGAUGGACCGGGUCGGCAUCAGCCACAGCUCGGCGGCGGGAAUCCUGCUGUCGUCGGAGAACAGCCGCUGCCUGUCGGCGCCCGUGACGGCGCCGGACCGGCGCCUGACCUGGCGCGCCGUGCUAACGUCCUCCACGCCGCUGGGCCUCGUCUCCGCCGCGGCGCCGCCGCCGCGCAGCAGCGCCGAGCGCUCCGUCAGCCCCGAGAGCAACGACAGCAUCUCGGAGGAGCUCAACCACUUCAAGCCCAUCGUGUGCUCGCCGUGCACGCCGCCCAAGCGGCUAGCGGACGGCCGGCUAGUGGAGCCCGCCGUCGUCAAGUCCACGCCGCGCAACCUGAGCCGCGGCCCGCGGCCGCUAGCCACCAGCUACGAGGCUAGCGCCGCCGUGCUGCAGAAGUGGCGGCAGAUCGAGCUGGACCGGCGGAGCCUGACGGCCACGAACAAGGCCACGCUGACCAGCCCCGUCCCCGGGGGCGGGGCCAGUGAUGUGGGCGGAGCCAGCGAUGUGGGCGGAGCCAGCAACGGGUGGGAGGAGCCUGGGGGCGGAGCCACCAAGGCGCCGUCCAACAAGAGGAAGCUGCGGUUCGACCCGCCGGCCGAGGCCGAGAGGCCGGUGAAGAUCCGGGUCCCGGCCGGCCGGGCCGGCCCCGCGGGGGGUCUCGCGGGCCCCCCCGGCCCCCCCGAUGGCCGCUCCCCUGGGGGGGCGGCCAUCUUACCACCGUUUACCAGGAACUCGGUUAAACUAGCGCCAAAGGACCGCGGCCGCAACCGCCGCAACCAGAAAACCUCAAAGAGGACGAGGAAGACCAAGAACCGGGACCUGGACCAGGACCAGGACCAGGUCCAGCAGGACCGGGUUCUGGCCCUGAAGCUGCAGAGACAGUUCGACCUGGAGAGCCGGGUCCGCGGCGCCGGCCGAGGCCCCCGAGACCGGGGCCGAGACCAGGACCUGGUCCAGGUCCGAGACCAGGACCAGGUCCGGGACCAGCACUUCCUGAGAUCCUGGAUGACCCAGAACUGCAGGAGAAUCGGACUCCGCCGGUCCAAGAGACUCAGCAAGAACCACUGAGACCGAGACCUGGACCUGGACUUGGUUCUAGACCUGGACCUGGUCCACACUGCAAAAACUCAAAAUCUUACCAGGAAUUUUUGUCUUAUUUCUAGUUAAAAUGUCUCAUUUUUAGUCAAAGAAAAUCUCAUUACACUUAAAACAAGAGUUAUUACCAGAAAAAUAACUUAUUUGACAAUUUUCACCUGUUUCAAGUAAAUUUUCACUUGAAAUACCGUAUUGCCCCGAAUAUAAGACGACCCUGAUUAUAAGACUCCCUCUUUUUCAAGACUCAAGUUUGCAAAAAGACUUUUUGAACACCAAAUUCAAUUUUCAUACAGAAAAUAAUGACAGUACAUCUGAAACAAAUGAUUAUAACAAUAUAUCCGAGAGAAAAAGCCUGUUAUUUUGCCUCGUUCAAACCAUCAUCAUGUUAAAGUUUGCAUCAUAACUUCUCCUCAGCUGCCGGUUUACCUGCCGAUCUUCCACCCUCUUUUCUCGUUUCUGCACUUUCUGUUAUCUCCUCUUAUUUUCUUCUCUUUUCUUUCUUAGUGCUAUUUUUUAUUUUUCUUCUUCGUGACAGGGGUUCCUUUGUCCUGGGGAGUUAAGUUCAGCAUUGCCUUUAAAGAUAUCUGGCGCCAUCUAGUGUUGUGAAUGGGUAUAACGUCUAGACCCCGAAUGUAAGACGACGCCCACUUUUUCAGUCUUAUUUCAAUGAAAAAAAACCGUCUUAUAUUCAGGCCAAUACGGUAAGUAGAAAAUUACAUUACAUCAUUACAAGCAAAAAAAUCUAAAAUGAAUGAAAAUCUGCUUGAAACAGGUGAAAAUUGUUGUUUUUUCCAGUGAUGAGUCUUGUUUUAAGUGUAAUGAGAUUUUGUUUGACUAAAAAUUUGACAUUUUAACUAGAAAUAAGACAAAUAUUCAUCUUAAGAUUGUGAGUUUUUGCAGUGCAGGACUGAGACUGUUGAGCCGCAUUUUGUAAUAAACGUCCAAAAUGUAAUAACUUUUUCAUUUCAUUUUGUAAUAAACUGCCCCAUUUUGUAAUAAAUUUUGCCACAUUAUGUAAUAACAGGGUUCGUACGUUUUGAAAAAACCUGGAAAAGUCGUGGAAUUUGAAAAUGUCGUUUUUAAGUCCUGGAAAAGUUUUGGAAACAUAAUUUCACCCCAAAAGUUUUGGAAAAGUCAUGGGAUUUAUUUUUCUCACUUAAUGAUAACAUUUAGUAAUAACAGCCUAUAAGGUAGAUUUAAAAUUGAUCAAUAAAUAUUUCGUAUCGAAAAGUCUUGCGCGUUUUCACGUAUCAUGCAGAUCGGUUAUUAUUACAGUUAUUAGUUAUAUUACAAACAAAUGGUUAUUUUGUAUAAAACCAUAAUUGUCAUUAAAUCUCCACUGUAGUGACUUUUGACAUAGUUUUAUUCCUAUAUUUCAUUCAUACAUUGAUGUUUUAUUCGUGUAAAGUCAUGGAAACUUGUUGGUUAAAAUGUGUCUGAACCUGAAUAAGUUAUUGCAUUUUGAGAAGAUUAUUACAAAAUGCUAAAUUGCAACUUUUUUAUUUUUCUAGGAAAUGUAAUAACAUGGUGCAUUAUGUAAUAAUACCUAUUAUUAUUAUUAUUAUUAUUAUUAUUAUUAUUAUUAUUAUUAUUAUUUUAUUAUUAUUGUUGUUUGUUUAACAAUGAAUUUAUACAAGAGUGAUUUUUGUUGUUUUUUAUGCAAUUUCCCUCAGAGCUAUGUAGCCCAAUAAAUCUAUGUAUAAAACUCCAAAUAUAACUUUAGUUUCCUAUUUGAAGUUUGGAAUUAUAUAGGUAACAAAUAAACUCUGCUUUAGAAUUGUUAUUACAUAAUGCACCAUGUUAUUACAUUUUCUAGAGAAUAAAAAAGUUGCAAGUGCAUUUUGUAAUAAUCUUCUCAAAAUGUAAUAACUUAUAACAUAAUGUGGUGAAAUUUAUUACAAAAUGCGUUGGGGAAGUUUAUUACAAAAUGAAAUGACAAAGUUAUUACAUUUUGGACGUUUAUUACAAAAUGCGGCUCAACAUGGACCACACUGCAAAAACUCAAAAUCUUACCAGGAAUAUUUGUCUUAUUUCUAGUUUAAAAUGUCUAAUUUUUAGUAAAAAAAUCUCAUUACACUUAAAACAAGACUCAUCACUGGAAAAAACAAUUUUCACCUGUUUCAAGCAGAUUUUCCUACAUUUUAGAUUUUUUUGCUUGUAAUGAGAAGAUAAAUCUUGUUCCACUUGCAGAUUUUUCUACUUAUUUCAAGUGAAAAUUUACUUCGAACAGGUGAAAAUUGUCUGGUAAUUACUCUUGUUUUAAGUGUAAUGAGAUUUUUUUGACUUAAAAUGAGACAUUUUAACUAGAAAUAAGACAAAAAUCCCUUAUUUGACAACAGGAGGCUUAAAAUAAGUAGAGAAAUUUUUUUUGCUUGUAAUGAGAAGAUAAAUCUUGUUCCACUGGCAGAUUUUUUUCUACUUAUUUCAAGUGAAAAUUUACUUGAAACAGGUGAAAAUUGUUGUUUUUUCCAGUGAUGACAUUUCGAUUUUUUUCUCUAUUUCGACUUGUAUCGAUAUUUUGACUUUUUUCUCGACUUUUUUCCAGUGAUGAAUCUUGUUUUAAGUGUAAUGAGAUUUUUUUUUUACUAAAAAUGAGACAUUUUAACUAGAAAUAAGACCAAUAUUCUUGUUAAGAUUUUGAGUUUUUGCAGUGCAGGGAUUUUAAUUAUGCAACAAGGGGACAUUGAUUGGUGUUUAGAGGAGCUGGAGCUGGAUCUGGACCUGAACCUGGACCCACGGGUAAUGCUGGUUCUGAUGGUCCUGGUCCGAGUCCUGAACCAUUUUAAGCCUCUAGUCAUAAAAUCUCACUUUAAUCACGUUCUGUAAUAAAAUCAGGUGAAUUUCUGGGACUGAAGUCGACACGAGAAACUUUGAAACCAGUGGAAAAAACGGUCUGGUGCCAAACUGGUAAUGUAUCUGUAUAUAUAUAUACACUGCUCUAAAGAAUUAAAGGAACAGUUUUCUAUCA